CGAAAGCCCAGGAGUCCAGUAUUCAUACUUGAUCCAGCCGCACCGGAGGCCCAUACGGAAGCCCAGACCCUUAUGUAGCAAUGGAUCGGGAAGUUUUUUCUUUUGUCUGCUAAGCAGAGAGAAGAAAAUCAGCAAUCAGUUCAGUAGACGAAGGGAAGUGGAAAUGGAGACGAUAAUGGAAGUGGACGAAGAAGAUCACUCCGUUGUUCAUAGCGAAGCGGCGAACGGCGAUUUGAACGGAAAAGAUGAUGCCAGCAACCGCAGUAUCCAGAGCCCUAAAGCUCUCUCGACCGACGAGAUUGACGACGACUCCGGUGACGAAUCCGACGACGAUGAAGAUGAUUCCCAGCUUGCUGAGCAGCUGAAAGGGUUGGAAUAUGAACUGGCUGCCAAUCCGUCUAACUACGAUGCUCACGUUAAAUGCAUUAAGCUGCUAAGGAGAAUGGGGGAGUUGGAGAAGCUGAGGCAGGCAAGGGAAGCUAUGAACGCAUUGUUCCCGUUGACACCUUCUAUGUGGCAAGAAUGGGCCAAAGAUGAAGCUUCUCUUUCGUCUGGGCCCGAGGAUGUGGCAGCUGUUGAGAAAUUGUACGAGCGAGGGGUCCUGGACUAUUUGUCUAUCGCACUUUGGUGUGACUACUUUAGCUACAUUCAAGAAUGUGAUCCUUCUGUUCGCGAGUGUUCUCCUGAUGGGAUCUCAAAGGCCAGAAAUGUGUUUGAUCGUGCAUUAACUGCCGGUGGAUUACACGUCGCGGAAGGGAAUAAGAUAUGGGAAGCAUACAGGGAAUUUGAAGAGGCUGUCAUGUAUACAAUUGAUGACAAAGACAGUAAGGCCAAGGAAUCACAGGUCCAGAGAGUCAGGAAAUUGUUCCAGCGACAAUUGUCUGUACCUCUUGUUAAUUUAGAGUCUACACUUGUAGCUUACAAAGCAUGGGAAGUGGAACAGGGAAGUAAUCUUAAUGCUGAGUCAAGUGAUUUGGAUGGGGUUCCUACUCAUGUUGUAUCAGCAUACGAGAAGGCCAUGGAAAUGUAUAAUGCCCGUGUUGGAUUUGAGGAGCAAAUUUGUAUGAAGGGCGUAUCUGAAGAAGAAAAGUUACAACGUUUCAUUAAUUACUUGACAUUUGAAAAAUCAGACGGCGAUCCGGCACGUGUGCAAGUUCUGUUUGAACGAGCUGUAGCUGAGUUUCCUGUGUCAAGUGACCUUUGGCUUGAUUACGUGCGGUAUAUGGACAGUACAUUGAAGGUUGGUAAUGUUGUAAGAGAUGUUUACAUGAGGGCCUCGAGGAAUUGCCCUUGGGUUGGAGAACUUUGGGUCCGUUACUUACUUGCCCUGGAACGUGGUCAUGCUCCUGAGGAAGAUAUAUCUGCUGUUUUCGGGAGAGCCUUGCAGUGUACCUUUUCAACCCUAGAAGAGUACCUUGAUUUAUUCCUCACACGAGUGGACGGCUUGAGGCGAAGAAUUCUGUCUGGUAGGGACAAAGAGGGCGUCUUAGAUUUCUCCUUAGUAAGGGAAACCUUUCAGGCAAGUAUCAGUUGGGCCUAUUGUAGAAGACUGCUCUGCUUUGUGCUUAUUGUUCCACAUAUAAAGGAAUAUGCAUCAGAUUACUUGUCACCACAACUAAAGAACACAGAUAGUUUGUUGCGGCUGCAUGCUUAUUGGGCCCGCCUAGAACUAAUUCUGGGGAAAGAUUUAGUGGCAGCACGAGGUGUUUGGGAGAGUUUGCUUAAGACCUGUGGUUCAAUGAUGGAAGCAUGGCAAGGUUAUAUCACAAUGGAAACUGAGUUGGGUCAUAUUGGUGAAGCUAGAUCAAUCUAUAAGCGAUGCUAUGGUAAAAGAUUAGCUGGAACAGGAUCAGAGGACAUAUGCCACUCUUGGCUGCGGUUUGAGAGAGAAUUUGGAACGCUUGAAGAUUUUGAUCUUGCUGUGCAAAAGGUGACACCUCGACUAGAAGAGCUGCAGCUAUACAAGAUGCAGCAAGAGUUAAAAACCCCUGCUGCUAUAGUUGGGCAGAAAGAGAAUCCUGUUCCUAAGAAUGCUCGUGAGAAGAGGAAACGAGGCUCAAACAUCAUUGAUGAACAAUCUCCAGCAAAGCGUAAAAAGAUGGCCACUCAAGCCCAGAAGAAAGAGCAAGGCAAUGUUCAACAUCAAGAUCCUGAUCAAGCUCAUGGAGAUAAAACAAAAGAGCCCAAGGAUGUCACUGGAAAGACUGACCAUGAACCUGGGAGAAUGGUGACGGAUUCUAGCAGUGGAAAGCCUAAAGUAUAUAAGGAUGAGUGCACUAUAUUUGUAUCCAAUCUAAAUCUCAAGGCAAGUGAAAAGUGCUUUGCCAACUCAGAAGAUCUGCGUAAAUUCUUUGCGGACAUUGGGGGAAUCUCUUCCAUUCGAAUAUUGCAUGACAAGUUUACUGGAAAAUCGAGGGGGCUGGCAUAUGUGGACUUUUUAGAUGACGAGCAUCUUGCUAAAGCCGUAGCAAAGAACAAGAAAACGUUACUUGGCAAGAGAUUGAGCAUUGCACGGUCUAAUCCGAAAAAGGGCAAGAAAGGCGAUCGGGGUGCUCCAAAAGCUCCCGGUACUGAUGGAGGAAAGAAGGAUGAGGAAUCCGAGCCUACAAAGGUCGGAACCUCAGAUGACUCGAGAACGUCCCAGGCUGCACACCAGGAAGGGGGUCGCAGGCAGGUUGAGGAUGUAGUGCUCAAGGGUAAGAACACUUUUGCCGCCCCGAGAAACAUGGUUAAAGCACUUGGUUGGACCGAUCGACAACCCAAGCCCCCUUCAGAAGAUGGAGAUGAACAGCCCAAGUCAAACGACGAGUUCAGGAAAAUGUUCAUCAAGGGUUGAGGAAGUUGUAGACCACAACCUAAUAUGUGUGCAUCGCGGCAGAUCAAAGCGUGAUGUCGAAAGUGUAGGCAAUACAACCCCCCACUAACUGAUUACUCCAGUGCAGUGAAGAGAUAGGUGAGUCAUACCAUACAUAGGGUGAAUGAAAUGGUUUGCUAGUCUUAAGCCUGUGAUUUUGUUUGAUAUGCAAGUAAUGUUGUGAACAGAAGGAGCCUAGAAAAUUCUGCUCAAGCCUCGAACAGUGGGGCUUGACUGAUCCGUUUAGCGUUCUUGCAUAUGCACAGUAGCCAUAUUCAUAACUAACUGUGUAUGGAAACCCUCACAUAGCCAAUUGCAAACCAAAGGCUGAAAAGGAAACCAUUUGUAGUUGCUUUCGGGAAGAAAGAAAGAAGGAAAAAUGAAACCAGUUUUCAGUCGUAGCUCUACAGUUUUGCAGGUUGGUGGGCUGGUGGCCAGCCUUUUUGGAUUACAAAACUACACCACUUUUCAUCUUCAAUGCCAAACACAACAAAACUAAAACCUGCAUCCUGUAUUGUAUCUGUACUGGAAUCUGGUUGGUGUGCGGGCGAGAUUGGGUCUGGUUUGUUGCAGACAGUGAAGCAUGGAAACUUCAAUGGCUCAAACAGAAACAGGGCAGCAGAAAGAAAGACAAGAAGGAAAAUGAUGGCAAUGGAAUUGCCCUCUCUCUCUCUCUCUCUCUCCCU